CCAUGUUUUGGAGGAAGUAAAACCAGUGUGAGCUAACGUCAAGUUACGUAGCUAGUAAACAGCUUUCCAUUUCCACCUUAAAACGGUGUCUAUAACGUAUUUCACUACUAUAUGGACGUAUUGUCAUUACAGUAGUUAUUGUAACGUUGGGGCUAGUGUUUGGUGACUUUGCUAGUUCCGUAGCUGUAAAUUGUCUCGGGUUAAAUGCACGUGCUAGGCUAGCAUGUGUCAACAUCCCAGGGCAGCUUGAGCUGCUAGGAGUUUGAGUUGUUGAGGAGGGACUGCUCAGCUGCUUCGUUAUGAAGACCAAUAAGUCAUACAAGCUUGUGCUGCACAAGAAAGGCUUUGGUGGGAGCGAUGAUGAGUUGGUUGUCAACCCAAAAGUUUUCCCUCAAGUCAGUCUAAGGGAUAUAAUCGAGAUUGCACACCCCACGGAUGAAUACAGUCCUCUCCUGCUGCAAGUGAAGAGUCUAAAAGAGGACCUUCAGAAAGAGACGAUCAGUGUGGACCAGACUGUAGCACAAGCCUUUAAGCUGCGUGCUUACCAGGAUGUCAUUGUUAACAUUGUUGACCCGAAGGAUGUUACACUUGACCUGGUGGAGCUGACGUUCAAGGACCAGUACAUCGGCAGAGGAGACAUGUGGAGACUAAAGAAGAGUCUGGUGAGCACAUGUGCUUAUGUGACGCAGAAAGUGGAGUUUGCAGGAAUCAGAGCCCAGGCCAGUGAACUCUGGGUGAAGGGAGAGAAAGUGACCUGUGGUUACAUCAGUGAAGACACCAGGGUGGUGUUCAGAUCCACAUCUGCAAUGGUGUACAUCUUCAUCCAGAUGAGCUGUGAGAUGUGGGACUUUGACAUCUAUGGGGAUCUCUACUUUGAGAAAGCUGUAAAUUGUUUCCUGUCUGACCUUUUCGCCAAGUGGAAGGAGAAGAACUGCAGCCAUGAGGUGACAGUUGUGCUUUUCUCACGCACGUUGUACAAUGCCAAAACUAUUGAUGAAUUCCCUGAGAUUCUGAGAGGAUCCAUCAGACAGGAUCACGAUGGACGUUUUUAUGAAGACUUCUACAGGGUCGUGGCUCAGAACGAGAGACGGGAUGAGUGGACUUCCUUACUGGUCACGAUCAAGAAGCUCUUCAUUCAGUAUCCUGUCCUGGUGCGGCUGAAAGACGCAGGAGAUGGUUUUCCUGGGGGUUACAACUCCACUGCUGCACAAGGAAACUACCUGGAGGCCAUUAACCUUUCAUUCAAUGUGUUUGACAAGCACUACAUAAACCGAAACUUCGACCGCACCGGCCAGAUGUCGGUGGUCAUCACACCCGGGAUGGGAGUGUUUGAAGUCGACCGUUUGCUCAUGAUUCUCACCAAGCAGCGGAUGAUUGACAACGGUAUUGGUGUAGACUUGGUGUGUAUGGGCGAGCAGCCAUUGCACGCAGUUCCGUUAUUCAAGCUGCACAACAAGACGACGCCCGGAGACUCUCGCGUGGGCGACGACUAUAACCUUCCUCACUGGAUUAACCACAGCUUCUACACCUCCAAAAGUCAGAACUCUUGUAGCUCCUUUACACCUCGAAUCAAACUGGCUGGUCGCAAGCUCCAUGCUGAGAAAUUCAAGAGCAGCAAGGACCACACUCUCUGUGCUCCAAAGGACUCUGAAAACAGUCUGCCUAUUCAGGUGGACUACGAUGCCUAUGAUGCUCAGGUGUUCAGACUGCCUGGUCCUUCACGCAUUCAGAGGAGCACCACCUUCAGGAUGGGUCGAGACAAAGAUAUGAGUGGGAGGAAGAGCUGGGGCUCGGUGGACAUCAGUGCAGGCAUAGGCGCGUCCCCGCCUGUUCGCUCUGGAUGUCCGGAGGAACAGCGUAGCCUAGCCUCUGAUGACAGUCUGGGCACUGUGUCCAACAUGUUGCUUAUACCCCGCAUGCCUCCAGCACAGUAUGAAGUCAGCAGCUCCCUGGGAUACACCAGCACCAGAGAGUUGUUGGAGAAGCUGAUGGACCCACAGCGGGACUCAAGUGCCCCGGGCAGGUUCACAGUGGGAAGUGCUGAGUCCACCCUGCACAUCCGUCCAGGAGGUUACACCCCUCAGAGAGCACUCAUAAACCCCUUCACCCCAUCCAGGAUGCCCAUGAAGCUCACCUCCAACCGGCGGCGCUGGAUGCACACCUUCCCUGUUGGUCCUUCUGGAGAGGCAAUCCAGAUUCAUCACCAGACCAGACAGAACAUGGCGGAACUGCAGGGCAGCCAGCAGAGAGACCCCGCCCACACCUCCGCUGAGCUGCUGGAGCUGGCCUAUCAUGAAGCCACUGGAAGGCGAACAGCCUCUAGGCAUGCAGGAGAGAACGGCCUUUACAUUGUUGGAGGGAUGGAAGAGUUUACUGGAAGUCCAGGGAGCAACAACACCAAUGGAACUCUAACCAACCCCGGCUCCACAUUUGAAGACAAUUCCCUAAGUGGUGCCGAUCCAACCCUGCUGCUGUCUGCGCCCCCGUCAGUGCCCAGCUUCUGCUGCACAGUGGGGGUGGACUGGAAGUCUCUGACCACACCGGCCUGCCUGCCCCUCACCACCGACUACUUCCCCGACCGCCAGGCGCUACAGAACGACUACACCGAAGGCUGCUACGACCUGCUGCCGCACAGUGACCUGGAGAGGCGGGAAGAUGAAGCUCCAGUGAUGAGUGCGUCUCAGGUGUUUGAGGAGUUUAUCUGUCAGAGGUUGAUGCAGGGCUACCAGAUCAUCGUCCAACCCAAUAACAGGAAACCUCAGCCCGCUGUGGCCACACCGCUUGGCAGCAGUCCUCUUUACUCCAGAGGUAAGUUAAUGUUUUAUGUCAUUUAUAUUGUAUCUGUAUUCAUUUCAAAGUACCAGUACGAGUCAGCACAGAUCCAGUACAGCUACAGCCUGUGUCCUCCACAUUCUGAUGCUCAGUUUGUGUCCUGCUGGGUGGAGUUUGGCCAUGGGAGACUGGAGGAAUACAAGUGGAACUACCUGGACCAGUACAUCUGCUCUGCUGGCUCAGAGGACUUCAGUUUGAUAGACUCUCUGAAGUUCUGGAGGACUCGCUUCCUCCUGCUGCCUGCUGGAGGAGCUAGGCGGGUGGCAGACGGGGAGGGGCACUGGGAUGUUUAUGGGGAGGGAGCAGGUGCUGGGAUGGGUGGCAACGGGGACUGGAUCCUGCUGGAUGGCUUCAUCCGCUUCCUGGAGGGUCUCAACCGUAUCCGGCGUCGCCACCGCUCCGAUAGGAUCAUCAGACAGAAGGGCACACCACUGAAAGGACUGCAGGUUACCAGUCCCCUCCCUCAGUAUCCUACCGAGCCUGUGGCCCCACAAGGCAAGAAAGGCACAUCAGCUUUAUCAGCCUUGCUGGAGAUGGAUCAAAACCAGAAGACUCUGGAGGAGCAGCAGGCAAAGCCCUCAACAGCCGUCACUGACCCCUCAAGUGUUACCACAGCUCCCACUUAUGUAGACAGUCCCCGCAAGGACGCUGCCUUUAUUUUGGAUUUUAUACGUAGCCCUCGCUCCUCCUACAUCUAUCACUCUCAGUUUCCUGCUGAAGCCAGCGAGGCUGCAGAUAAAGGAGUCCAGCCAGCAGUGACGGCUGGAGCAGCAUCAGCACAGCCAGCAGGAGAGGCUGCAGCCAGCAGCAGCACCUUGGACACCAGUGGGCAGUCGAGUGCCCUUUCUCUGUCCUCUUCCUCAACCCUCAUGGAGAUCCUGGAGGCCAUCAAACAUCCCACGACAGGUGUCCAGCUGCUGCCAGAGCAGAAAGGUCUGCCACUCAACUGCUUUAUUAGCGCAGAGGUCGUACAUUGGCUGGUCAACAAUGUGGACGGCGUGGCCACGCAAGGGAUGGCUGUGGAUAUCAUGCAGAAAAUGUUGGAUGAAGGUGUGGUGGCCCACGCUUCUGGAGAUGCCAUGCGCACCUUCGUCUACGGAUUCUACUUCUACAGGAUAGUAGACGAGAAGGAUGGCCCGACCUCGCAGCUUCCCACCGCGGCGGCUGGAGGUUGGUCUACCGCAGCACUGGAGGACUUUGCUCUGUUCCAGAGGAAGUGGUUCGAGGUGGCUUUUGUGCUGGAGGAGCGGCGACCCUGCGACCUCCCGGCCUUCCUCCUGCCCUGGCUGCCCAGCCGGCCAGCCUCCUACGCAAGUAGGCACAGCUCCUUCAGCCGCAGCUUUGGGGGACGCAGCCAGGCCGCCGCACUGCUAGCUGCUACAGUCCCGGAGCAGAAGACGGUCACUCUGGAUGUGGACGUUAACAACCGCAGUGACCGAACUGAAUGGUGCAGCUGUUAUUACCACGGCAACUUCUCCCUCAACUCUGCCUUUGAGAUCAAGUUGCACUGGAUGGCUGUGACUGCUGCAGUGCUCUUUGAGAUGGUUCAAAUGUGGCACCGGAAAGCAGCGUCCUGCGGCUUCCUGUUGGUCCCUGUGCUGGAGGUUCCUUUUGCUCUGACGUCUUACCUGUACGGAGAUCCCCUGAGAGCGCAGCUCUUCAUCCCUCUGAACAUCCACUGUCUGCUGAAGAACAGCAGCGACAACCUGUUCGAAGGUUUUGAACCAGAGACGUACUGGGACAGGAUGCAGCUCUUUCAGGAGGCCAUACUGUACAGAUUCGGCUUUGUGCACGACAAGUUUUCUGCUUCUGCUUUUAAUUUCCCCUCCGAAAACAAGCCCCAGUACAUCCACGUAACAGGCACCGUGUUCCUGCAGCUGCCGUACUCCAAGAGGAAGUACUCGAGCGGGCAGCCGCGCAGACGCAGGAACUCCACCAACUCCACCUGCCAGGGGCCGUUUGGCGGCGAGGAGCAGGUCGGUUACUACUGGGCCUACAACACCAUGCUGACCAAGGCCUGGAGGACGGGGGUGCUGGGCGACGAGAGGCUCGCCGACCGCCUGCUCAGGGACUUUACAGACUUCUGCGCCAACAAAGACAACAGACUGCUCCACUUGUGGGACAGCUGCCAAGAGAAAAUGAACGCCAGCGCUCCCUGACGGGAAGCUGCAGGAAAACGGACUGUAGUUCACUAAAACGUUCUCUAUCCAGCAAAAUGUUAGACUCCGAGUCACACUUGAUCCGACUGAGCCCGAUUCAAAUCGGCUACGAUCCGUUUGGAUGUUUCCAGUUAGGGCUGGGCAGUAAUUCAAUAUGAUAAUUUAUCGUCUUUCAAUGUGAUUCAUAUCGCGAUGAAAUCGUAUAUCGAGAUACUGUGAUAUACAAUUACGUUGUCUAAAUUGAUAAAAACAUGCCUCUAUGUUUACAGGCUAAUGGUGAUGAGCAAUUUUUUUUUUGUCAUGGUCAAAAAAGUCUUGGUAGAGAAUCGUGAUAUCAAUUUUAAGCACAAACAUUCUCUUGAUUUUUCCCCAAAUCGUGCAGGCCGAGACGGAAGAUUGCAUUAAUUUGGAAACAACGGAACAGAUCCCACACCCUGCUCUUGCUAGAGCAUCGCCGUUUCUUUACAAAAAACAUUUUGUUUCCUCCCGACCUUCAUCAAAAAUCUCGUUUCGAAAUAUCAAAGUCAUACCUUAAGACCAGAGAUUCUGCUCGGAUGAUUUGAACAGAACAGUGUUCUGUUAAUUCUUUGUCUAUUUACACUGUAUAAAUAACAAGACACUUUUUAUUCUUU